UAUGACCCAAAUGGAAAAAGAUACUUCAACAGAGAUUGAACAAAAUGAAACUGUUUAUAGAAAGGUUAUGCUUCAAAUAUCUGUAUUGGAAACUUUGAGAAUUUAUUUAGAUCCUUCCCCCGAACUAUUGAAGGAUUUAUGGAAUAACAAUAUUCUUACCGAAGAUGAAUUGAACGUUCUCCAGAAAUUACCAUGGCCUACAAACAGGAAUCAACUACUUCAUACUCUUAUUAAAAAAUCAUGGAAAGAAAAGGAAUUUACAGCAUUCUGUAAUGUUUUAAAUAAAACCGAAAAAUUUGAAAAAUUAAGCGAAAUGCUACAAUCAAAAGUAACAAAGAUUGUUGAACAGUCGGAGACUUACGAAAGUAAUAGGAAUCGUCCUUUAAGUAGAGAAUACGAAAGUCUCGUUUCCGGUCCUCUGCGAAAAAUAAAUCCGCAAGAGAGAACUGAUAUUCUAAGACAAUUAAAAGAGAAGGACGAUGAAAUAAGGAUCCUUAAAACCGAAAACGAAACUCUUAGAGAAGAAUUAAAGCAUACUACGACUAAAUUACAUAACACUGCACACAAGUUAAAAGUUCUUGAAGAGUCUGUCUCACAUACGUUAGCUCAUACUGAUUUAGAUGAUCAUUCUCUCGAGGAAGGUGUCAAUUCCUUACAAAUACGACUAACCGAUGCUAAUAAGGAAUUGAAUAAGGUCAAAGCCGAAUUACAUCAAUCCCAUAAAGAGAAAGACAAGUUUAAAGCUGAAGCUAAGCAAUUCGAAGAAGAUUUAAAGAGUACAAAGCGGCUACUUAUGCAAACUGAAGAUACUAUGAAAGAUUCCCAUUAUAAACUACAAAAUAGAACAUUUCAACUACAAACUAAGGUUGAUCACCAAAAGGAGACGAUUAAUAUUCUUCAAAAUAAACUAGAAGAAAGCGAAAGGACAAAGGCCUUAACUAAAACAGCUUUAGAGCAAGACGCUAGAGAUCUUCGCGACAAAUUAAAUGCCGUAAUUUCCUCGCUAACUGACACGGAGAGGGAAAGAGAUUCUAUGAAAACUGAAUUAGAAGAUGUCCAAGAUAAAACGAGAAAAUUACUGACAACUUUAAAUAUAAGGGGAAAGCACACCAGCAAUAUAAGCUUAGCAGUUGAUCACGCCAGAAACCUCUCCUACGCAAAAGGUAGAAGAGGUAGUUUGAUACCUAUGGAUAGUAAUCAAAGUUCAAGGAGAGGUAGCACUCCCUGCGCUAAUUCCGAUCCCCUUCCCUCCACUCCCGAUAGUUUAGCUACCGACAAAUCGGCAGCUGGGUUGAUUAUUCAAAAGUUACAGAAGGUCGAUAGGUCGUCAUGCGCCCGUUGUGGUAAACAAUACGACGAAAAUAGCAACUUUGAAGGGGCAUGUUUAAAGCACGAGGAGGGUGCCACGCUAAUAAACGAAGGUACUUCCUUAGCCGUGUGGUCAUGUUGCAAAUCUGUUACUACUAUGAAAGGUUGCAUAAAAGGUAAACACAGUUGCGAAUAA